AUGUCACACUUCUUCUGCUUGACUCCACAAAUUCUUCUGCCCUUUAGCCCUCUUACUUCUCAAGAGUUUGAUCUGAUCCGCCUGAAGGCUGGAGCAUCUUGGCAGAAUGAAACAAGGUGGUCAGAUUCGUCUGUAACAACAUAUGCGGGCAGUUACCGGAAAAAGCAGCUGGAUGAUUCCACAUGCGGCCGACUUCAAGCAGGGCAGCACUGGUCUGAGGGUAACCAGAUGUCAUUGCCAAACUGCUUUGCCCGCAGGGCUGGUCUCCAAGAGACCACAGAUGUUAAAGGGCUAUUCCCUCAUAUAACCAGUUCCUUUAAAAAUUCAUUUGAUGUCAAGCAUGGAGUGAGUUGUACUGAUGCCAAGCAAUUCCGCUGCCAGUGUCCGCAGCUGUUCCAGGGAACAGUUGCCUGUCUCUUCGAGCUUCGGGAACCAUGUUAUUCUACAAGCAAGACUAGCUCAUCUGAAGACUCAGAAGCUGAUCAAUACUCCGUUUACAGUCUGGGAGGACCGUUCUCAUCAUUUAGCUGA